UGAAUGGACAUCAGUAUCUGUCGGUAGUUUGAACGGUUUGAAAUCAGUGAACUGAAAACAACGCGCAGUCAAAAUGAAACUGACUCUGGUUCUUCUGUUCGUCGGAUUGGUGUGUGCCGUGUACGCCCAGGACGCCGCCAAGGAUGUUAAGGAUGCUGCAGGCAAGGCCAAAGCCGAUCUGCCUGACGCACCCAAGCUGGAUAAGGAUGCAGUGACCACUCCGGAUCCUAAGGAUGCCCAGAAGAAGGUCGACGAUGCCGCUGGAAAGGCAAAGGAUGCUGCGGCCAAAGCCAAGGAUGAUAUCUCCGGGCUGGGCAAGAAGCUCCAGGAUGGAUUCAAGCUUUGAGUGAAGUGUGUCUUCAAUUUGACGGUUGAAGAUUGACAUAUACAGUUAAGUUAUUGUGAUCAGUGAUGAAAUAAAUAAAGCGUCUUCAUAAAAUUUCAUAAA